AUGAGCUCCGGCGGCUGCUCGACCUGCCUCGAGGUCAUCUUCGCCGUCGUCCUCCCGCCGCUCGGAGUCUUCUUCCGCUACGGCUGCUGCAGCUCAGAGUUCUUCAUCUCCCUCCUUCUGACGGCGCUGUGCUACGUCCCCGGCAUCGUAUACUCCCUCUACGUCAUCCUCCGGACGCAUCGACGGGGAGCGGCCCUACGACAUGCUCGCCUGACGGCCUGCUUGUACACAACUCCACCCAAUCCCAACACGUAG